AUGGAUCUCCCUCCGGCCCCGACACCUCCCGUCAAUAGCGGCGGAAUGCCCUCCAACACGGACCGAACGGCGAGUUUGUUGAACCUUCUCAAGUUUAGCAGUGGGUCGGGCAGCUCCAACGCCCAACAUCAGCAUCAGCAUGCGCAACAGUCGCAUCAUCAGCAGCAACAGCAACAUCAGCACCAGUCUCGCGAACCUUCCUACUCGCAGCCCGAGUACUCGUCGCCUCCCACUCGUAUCCUCCAGCCGGCGCCUGCUGGGGCUGAUCCGACAGGCCUGCUCGCCGCCCUGAUGCGAGGCGCCCAUGAUGCCCACGACACUGAUGAUGAGGCUCGACAACCUGCCCCUGCUCCUGCUCCUGCUCCUGCUCCGGUGGGCCAUGAGCCUACACAGCAGACCCAGCCUGCCGUUACAAACCCGUUUGCAAACGGCUCGCCAUCGAACGAUACCAGGUCAUAUUUGCUCGCCUUGCUGAACCGCCCCAAGCCCAGUCAGAAUGACCAGCCCAUGUUGACGGAAACCUCAAGAUCCAAAGGUGCAGCGUCUCAGUCGCCCGAGAUCACCACUGAUUCGAACCGCUUUUUCAACCAGUACCAGCAUCAACAGCCGCAGCCGCAGCCGCAGCCUCAUGCCUACCAGCAACAGGCUCACCACCAGCAUGCUCAACCGCAGUUUCAUCAGCACCAGCCGCCCAACUCUAUGAGAGAAGCCUACCAUCAAGUGUCCAACGAUUCAUCAUAUGCCUACCAGCAGCUUCAGCUCGCAUCACAGGAUCCUCCUGCUGACCCUGCUGACAUGUCUGCUCUGUUCCAGCAGCUGAUGGGGAGCCUCACUCAGUCGUCGCCGCAGUCACACACCUCCCAGCCUGCUUCGCACUUGUCGCAACCGCCUUUUCAAAUCCUCAAAAAAGAACAGUCCUCGCCCGCUGGUUCCCAACCCCGCGCUGGAAGUGAACGCAGCCCUCUUGCAAGCCCUCCAGAUCAGAGUCGCCACGCUACCAACCGCAAAUCGUCUCUCCACGUGCACAAGUCCACCGCGCAGUCGCCCAAGCAGGCCCUUCCGGUCGAGUUUGAGAGCUCAAUCUCCGCAGAGAAGAGCAGGGAGACUGUUGCUGAGGCCGUGAAUGACCUGGCUGACCAGGCUGACAAGGAUGCCCAGGAGGCUCUCGACAGAGCCGAGCACGACCUUGUCCCUGCUGGCUUCGUCGAGGACGAGGGAUCCAAGGAGGCCUCUGGUCAGGAAUGGCCAAGCAAGAUUGCUCACACCGAGAUCGUCAAGUCAGUUGAAGAGCAGAUUGUUCAGAAUAUCAAAAAUGGCCUUGAAAAGAACGAGGUCUACCGCGCUACUGAAAUGUCGUACAUGAACGAUGCAUCUGACUCUGGCAAUGCUACAGGCGAGAAUGUGCGCGGCGUAGCUGAUAGCUGGGAGAGUGCUGAUCUGGAGGAGACCAUUGAGGUGGAAGAGGAAAAGGAGCUACCUCAGGUUCGAGUCUACAAGUUCCCCCAAGAGCCGUGGAAUUCUAUUUGCCUCAAGGAAGAAACAGACGAGAUUCGACCCGAGUUCCGUGACGAGUCCAUCAUGGACAUUGCCCGUCUCAAGAAGGAAUUCGACCAAAUUGACCGCAACCUCUUCACCGCUUCUCAGACGUACAUGACCUAUGGCAUGUCCAAACAGGGCGGUCUACGUGUUAUUCGCCAAGAUGAUGGCAAGGAUUCCAAGGUGUUUACGGACACAAAGGACCGCAUUUUCAAUGUUGCCAUGUCUGUCACCCCUCCCGAGAGCGGAAACGUUCACCGGGAAGCCAUCAUUGGUACUGGCGUCGGCGGUGCUGUCUACUGGGUGCAGAUUAAGGACGGGGAGAAGGAUCACAUUGAGGACCCGCACUUGGAGCAGUAUGGGUUCGCCCUUCCUCCCAUCUCCUCGCAUGACGGUGAUGCCCCGGGUGGCCUCUUGAAGACUCGAGCCCGCGCUUCCACUGCCCACCCCGAAUUUUUCGCCGUCGGGCGUGGCAAAUCCAUCAACUUCAUCUGGCCCGCUUACAUUCUUCAGCAUAAGCUUUUCAAGGCCGGCCACGACCGUGUUGUUGAUACCGAAGCUCUCCUCGCCCAGUGCUCUCUCAAGAUCAACACUGGCAAGGCUGGAAAGGACUUCACAUUCAGCCAGGACGAUUCAGUCGUCGUGUCUCUUGACAAAUCAGGCCGAGUCAAGUUCUGGGAUGUUCGUGCGCUCACCAAAGUCAAGGAAGACUCUGACUACCGUUACCCUCUGCCUGCCGAAUCAUCAUUGGAAGUAAAGGAGCCUCUGAUGACUCUGGCAACCACCCCUGAAGGCGAGAAAGCGUGGCCGACCUCGGUCUUGUUGCUGGAUAGGAAGAAAGCAUAUGAGCAGAGAGGCCCCCUUCGCUACAUGGUGGUUGGUAUGAAGCAGAACCACACUCUUCAAGUCUGGGACCUGGCUCUCGGUAAGGCCGUUCAAGAGUUCAACCUCCCACACAGCAAGGAAUCCGAUGCCGUCUGUAGCGUCAUGUACCACCCUGCCAGUGGCAUGAUUGUUAUUGGCCAUCCCACCCGUAAUUCGGUCUAUUUUGCACACUUUUCGGCUCCUAAGUAUAGCCUUGAGAACGUGUCCCAGGUUGACUACAUUGAGAAACUCCUCCAACCUCUGAAACCCAACGAAGCUUGCUCAAUCCGAAAGCCGAGUAGUACGGCUAUCAUUAGUGGCUUCCGCGAGUAUUCAUUCGCUAAUCGAGGGGUGCUGCGCAGCCUGGACAUUCUUUAUACCCCGAUCACGAAGCAAGGAAUGGGACACAUGGCGGGCCAGGACCCCAAAGACAAGGACCGUCUUCGAUUCGAAUUAUACGCCAUGCAUUCCAAGGGCGUAGCCUGCGUGCUGAUCAAGAAGAGUGAUCUUGGAGGGUCUGACAAUACCCUUGUGCUCGAUGCGGUGAAGGAGGGUCUUGUUACCGUCUCCGACUUUAAUAAACCCCAGGCAGUUGAUCCAAGUCACGGCGGAAACCAGCAGGCUAAGAACACUGCCCAUCGUGCCGUACCGAAGCAAUCGCCGAGCCAGCAGUCCACGUCAGCUGCACAGAGCGAUGCCGCUCAACGUGGAUCUGAUGCAGCCACUCCCGCAAAACCGAGUCAUGAGGCAAAAGAGGCCGAGACUCCUGCCCAGUCCUCUAAGGAAGGCCAGGCCGAAAAGCCGGAGCGCAAGUCUCGAAAGAAGAAGGGCAAUGCUGCCGCCAAGGAAGCAGAAGCUAAUGGAGCUACCAACCCACCUCGCGGGACACAAGCAGGCAGAGCCGAAUCCGCCGCAAAAUCGAACAGCACCGCUGCUGUUGCUUCUGGUGUGACUUUUGAAGUCCUUGACUCGACCAUGAACACCAUGCAAACACGCUUAACUGCCGCCGUAUCCGAUACUCUCAAGUCCUCUCUCAAGAAUCUCCAUGUUAAGAUCGAUGAAAGUGCUCGGCUCCGGGACGAGAAUUUCAAUCAACACCAACUUAAGCUGUUGGACAUGGUGUCCGAGGUGCUGAACGAAAACACGCAAAAGGUCUUGGAGUCCUUGAUUCAUCACCAGUUUACUGAGCUGCUGGUCCCUGCUAUUGGUGAAAAGGCCACCAUAGCCGUUUCUGACGUGCUCCAGCACAACCUUCAACCCAAUGUCGCGUCGGCCGUGCAGAAGGAGAUUCAAAGUGCCCUGCCUCAGGCUCUGAACAGGUCACUCCGGUCUGUGGAUUUUGUGACAGCCAUUGCCGACCGUGUUGGUACAGCUGUCAACUCGACCGUGCAGCAAGAGAUUGUUGCUACGCUCAGCCAACGCCUAACUCCCACGUUCCGAAACAUGGCCACCCAGUCGGCUCAGCAAGCCGCGGCCGAAGUUCAUCAGCAGUAUAACGACAAGUUUGAGCAGAUGCAGUCCCGACAUGCUGCCGACAGCAACAAGAUCGACCAGCUACUCUCGUAUGUCACCACCCUGACAGACAUGGUGUCCACAAUGGCUGCGUCCCAGUCCUCGCUUCAAGCCGAGUUUUUGAAGUUGAAACAGCAGCCCGUCCAUGAGCUGCCGGGGGCUUCCGGGCUCCAAAGUCAGGCCCGAGAUGGCGGCCCUGGAUUCCGGGGCUUUGGUCCUCAAGGUGGCUACCCCAACAAUGGCUUCAUGACGGGACCCAACCCGCAUUCCAGUUUCACCGGCUAUCAGACAAAUCAGCCUCCUACCUACCAGCAGCAGCAGCAGCAGCAACAGUACAUGGCCGGGCCUGACUAUUUGCGCAGUGGUCAACAUGUGGGAAGCCCUCGAGAUUCCACUUCCCAGACAGACGUGACUUCCGCAAGCAAGGUUGCCUCUGUAGGCGGCCCCUUUGCCAACCAUGGCAGCAAUGUUGACUCCGAGGCGGACAGGGAUGUCCAUGAUGUUGAAGUGCUGAUACAGGACGAAAAGCUGCAGGAAGCGUUGCUGAAAUGGAUCAAAGGCGGUCACCAAAGGGAAGUUUUCCAGCGCAGCCUCAGUUUGCAGUCACCCAGCCGAUUCGAGCAUCUCCCACCAGUGUUGCUCUUGGCUGCCAUUGGCGCCAUUUCGAAAGACCUGGAUGUCAAUAACUUGCUCAAACAGCGAAUUGAUUGGAUUGAGAUGGCUGUGCGGUCUAUUGACAGGAGAGCCGCGGAACGCGAUUGGAGGGAACUGGGACGCGAAGUGGUGAAGCAGGCGUACGACACCAUCUGUUGGUUCAUUGGAAAACUGAACACACUGAUGGAAAAGUACGAAACAGGCUAUGCUUUGGAGCGAAGAAGGCUGGAAUGGAUUGUGGGAUCCUCGGAACACAUUUUGCAGACGUUGGAUCGUUCGCAAAGCUAG